GGAAGUAGGGUCUGCAGCACCGCUCGAACCGAAUCCGAGCGCCGCGGUAGCAGCACCGGGCUCCUUGGCCGGCGAUGAGACGAAUCGGGGCGUUCGGGGGCUCCACGGCCCUGUGGGUGCUGCUGGCCGCCCGCAUGGCGGCGGCGUUCGAGCCCGUGAGCGUGGGCAUCGCCAUCGGGGCCGUGUCGGCGCUCACCGGCUACCUGUCCUACACCGACUUGUACUGCCGCUUCACCGAGUGCUGCCACGAGGAGCGGCCCCUCAACGCGUCGGCCCUCAAGCUGGACUUGGAAGAGAAGCUGUUUGGACAGCACCUCGCCAACGAAGUGAUUCUCAAGGCACUGACUGGCUUCAGAAACAACAAAAAUCCCAAGAAAGCACUGACUCUGUCCUUGCACGGCUGGGCUGGCACGGGCAAGAACUUUGUCAGCCAGAUUGUGGCUGAAAACCUUCAUCCAAAAGGCCUGAAGAGUAACUUUGUCCACCUGUUCGUCUCUACUCUGCACUUCCCUCAUGAGCAGAAGAUAAAACUAUACCAGGACCAGCUCCAGAAGUGGAUCCGGGGCAACGUGAGUGCCUGCGGCAGCUCCGUCUUCAUCUUUGACGAGAUGGAUAAAUUGCACCCUGGCAUCAUUGACGCCAUCAAGCCCUUCCUAGACUACUAUGAACAGGUGGAUGGGAUUUCCUACCGCAAAGCCAUCUUCAUCUUCCUCAGCAAUGCAGGAGGGGACCUGAUAACUAAGACGGCCCUGGCCUUCUGGCGGGCAGGAAGGAAGAGAGAGGAGAUCCAGCUGAAAGACCUGGAGCCUGUGCUGUCCGUGGGUGUCUUCAAUAACAAGCACAGUGGCCUGUGGCACAGUGGGCUGAUAGACAGAAAUCUCAUCGACUACUUCAUCCCCUUCCUGCCCUUGGAGUACAGACACGUGAAAAUGUGUGUGCGGGCAGAGAUGAGGGCCCGCGGGACUGCUGUUGAUGAAGACAUCGUCACCAGUGUGGCAGAUGAAAUGACCUUUUUCCCCAAGGAUGAGAAGAUCUAUUCAGACAAGGGCUGCAAGACCGUGCAGUCACGGCUAAGUUUCUACUGAGCUUUUCGCCUAAUGGCGUGGGAAGGCUCACAGGAGCCUCCCAGGCCCACCAGGGCCUUGCCUUGUGGAAGCACUUUGAAGACGCCCUUGGGGCUUUUUGUUCAUUUGCACCUGUGGACCCUGGGGAUGCUGUCAGGUGGCAUCUGAUGGUGAGCUUCUAGAACCCUCACACUGUUCCUGUGAAUCAAGUGCCUAGAAACAUCUGAACUCAGGAGGCGAAAGGUCCUGUGUGGCCAAAGGCACCCAUGCCUCAGAUACCUGCCACUAAAGGGGCUACAACACUCUGCUGCAGCCUCGGGGAGCCA